UUCGCCUUGAAUGAUGUCAGCGAUAUGUGCUUAUCAAUACUCGGUCUAAUUAUUAAAAUUAUGUCAAAUACAAAAGUUAGGUAGAGAAUAAUGUAUACGUGGCAACGUAGUAGAAUAAAAAAUCACGUGAUUAAUUAUUUAAAUAAUUUAACUUUAUCAAGUAAUGGCUAAAAUCAUUAAACUACCUGAUAAUAACGCUGUGACAAUCACCAUUUGCGAAUAUUGUUCUAACCUUUCGUUCAAGAGAGUUCAAGACUUUGUUAAACAUCUGAGAGAAGAGCAUUGUUCAAGAGAAGGUGGUUCUUUCGUUUGCCAUUAUGGCUACAAUGGCGUAUGUUCAAGUCUUCCACUGGAAGGAGUGUCAGACAAAGAUUAUGUAGCACAUGCAAAUAAACAUGCAGUAAUGCAACAACAGAAAAAAAAUAAUGGCGAGAUUUCGGAUACUUUGCCACCAUGGACGGUUUAUUCAGCCGUUCAGAAUCUCCCUGCUGUCCUAAAUGAUCCCAAGAAAGGCAAACAGAGCAAUUUUUUGACAAAAACAUGGGGUGAAAGCUUUGUUGAUAAAGUAGACAUCCCAAAGAGUCCAUUUCUCCCAAAUAUUUCAAUACAUUUAUUUGAUUCUUAUUUGAAGAAAAUUGGACGAAGAUAUCGUAGAUAUUCAAGAUCUAAUGCGUCAACUGAUACACCUUCUCUUUAUGAUCUAUUGAAUCAUCGACAAAAAAGUAAAACUAGCGAUUUCUCAACGCAAAAUGAUUUUCUAAAUAUUCCUAGCAUUUUUUUUAACUCAAAUUUAGAUUUAACCAACCGAAAAACGUUUGAGACUAUUUUUCCAUUCACCAAAGAUGGUUUAUUGAAUGAAGGUGCUAGUAAUAUAGUAAAUCAUGUGAAACAUCAUCAAGAAAAGCUCAGUCAACAUUUGGAUAUCAUUGAGAUGAGAAUUGCUGAACAAGUGGCGUCGAAAUCUCAAGCUUUCUUCCAAGCUAUGACAAGUCAUGAUGUUCUUAUGGAACAAUUGACUCAGACCAUCACAGUCUUGAAAGCUUUAAGGAAAAACAUUCAUCAGAUUGAUCAGGAUUUUGUUAUUGAUUCCCUAAAUAUCCUAAGACUAGAAAAAGCAAGAUCAAAUAGACUACUCGUGUAUGAGAAAUUAAAAUUAAUAGCAACAGUUCAUCAAAGCCAACCAAUGAUCCAACUGUUGCUUUCUACUCCUGAUUAUGUUGCAGCCCUAGACUUGAUAUCAACAACCCAAGAAAUUUUACACCAAGAAUUAAAUGGAAUACAAAGCUUUAGACAUUUAAGUUCGCAAUUAACUGAGAUGGAAAAAUUGAUAGAUAAGAUGUUGUUUACUGAAUUUCAACGUUAUGCCACUGCCGAUUUGAAUAGACCAUUGAUAGGUAAUGACAAUAAUGUGAUUGAUGUUGAUAAACUGAUAUCAAUAAUUUCUGGUCUACUUCGCCAAAAACAUUUUCAAUUUAUUGAUACUUAUAAAGAAGAAAGUAUCACUACUGUUAGAGCUGUUACUAAACAACGAGUUAUUGAAACAUUGGCAGCUAGUGAUUGUAGUGAUCAACAAGCUGCCGCUUUAGAAGUUAGUGGAUUGUCUCUUGCUGAAAGAUUGACAUUGUUGCAAGGCACUAUUCAGUCAUUAACUUCACUUUUAUUUCGUAUAAAGGCAGUUUAUGAAGUCAUGAAGGAAACAAUAAACCUUUCGAGUGAUACUAUUUCAUCAGAAGGAGGUAGAAAAGUGAAUGCCAAUUCCAUUAUUGAUAGAUUAUUAACAGAAGAAGAAUCUAGUAGAGUAAACAAUAAAUUGAGUGAUAUGCUUAUGGCCAUUUGUGAUUAUUGUCAUGAACGAUUAGGUCAGCUUAUAUUAUCCUCAGGAACUAAUGAACGAGAAAAAUAUUAUAAUGAUACUAAAGAUUUACAUUAUAAUAGUAAUGACAAUGUAACUAAUACAAUAAGUGGAAAUAGUAGUGGGAAAAUAAAUGAAAAAGAAUCACAGCAGUCUAAUGAUGAAAACAAUUCAUGGUUGAGUGAUAAAGCUACUGUUCUACAAGUAUGUCAGCUGGCAAAUAUGGUGGAGGAAUUUACAAACACUUGUGAGCUUAUUUGUGGAAAACAAUGCACGGGUUUGAGAUCAGCAUUUAAAGUUCAUGCUAGUAAAUUUAUUCAGAGAUUUCAUACUGAAAGAAGAAAUAAAUUAAGUUUACUUUUGGAAGGCGAAAAUUGGAAACAGGCUGAUAUUCCAUGGGAUUUUCAGCUUUUGAUAACAUACAUGCAUAAAAAUCAAUCAUUUCCUAAAGAUUUGUAUAAUAAUAUUAGUCAUAAUGAACGAAGUAAAAGUAAUACAAUUAAAAAUGUAAUUUUUGUUGGAGAUGAAGAGUUUGCUGUUGUUGGGGUUACUUUAAUGCUUGUACAAAUGAUUCAUGAGUACUGUCGCAUCGCAAGUGAACUAAUAGUUUUAUCAGGAACAAUAGGUCGUUAUUUAGCAGAAAUUCUUCGACUUUUUAACUCUCGUUGUUGCCAACUAGUCUUGGGUGCUGGAGCAAUGCAAGUUGCUGGAUUAAAAACCAUCACCAGUACCAUACUCGUUCUUGCUAGUCGAAGUCUCAAGCUCAUUCUUUGGACAAUGCCAUUCGUCAGAGCACAUUUUCAUGCUUUGGCUAAUUCUAAUUUAAUUAGAGGUAGUGCUAUUGGACUGAUGAACAGUACGAGCAGUUCAGGUGGUGUUGCAUUACUUGACAGUGUCGAGAGAGAUAUUAGAGCACAUGUGAGGGAAAUAGAAGGCAAGAUUUUGAAUAUUGUUGAUAAUCUUGUUGGAGGACAAAUCAAUAGCUGGGAUGCUAGACCACCUGUUCCUUCACAAUCAUUUAGAAAUAUCUCAAGACACUUAACAAAGCUGUACGAAGCAGUAUCAGGUAUUCUUCCACCUGGCGAUGUGCAAUCACUUUACAGAACUGUGAAUAUGUCAUUCAAGGAAAAGUUACGAGAACAAUUAAUUAAAAUGAAUAUUAUCAAUAAUGGUGGUCCUCAGCAUGGAGUUGUUAUUUCAGAGUUGACAUUUUAUUUAGAGGCUUUGAGAAAUUUGAAAGUCUUGCCGGCUGCUGAACUAAGCGAUGAUUGGAUGUUAGACGUAUGGAUUAGAUAACGUGCAAAUAUUGUAAAUUUAAUUAAUUUAUUAUUAUUAUUUAUGAAUUAACUAUUGAUAUUACUAUUAUUAUGAAAUACACUUGAUCAAAUGAGCUAUAAAA